AAACAAUUGAUAAUAAUUGAAUUGCUUAAAUUUAUGUUGAAAACGCCGCAAAAUGAUCUGUCGCUUGUGUUUAAAAAGCAUAAACGCAAACAAUGCCGUCUACCUGUUCGAAACCAACGACACACUGGCUGAAUCCUCGCUGCUAAAGAUGAUAGCCAAGUUUCUGCAGCUUGAGAUAAUGCCCGAUGACAACAUCUCGACAAACAUUUGCCACGAGUGCUGUGAGCACUUGGAGGAUUUUAACAACUUUUGGCAGCUGGUGGAGCAAAAACAAGGAACACUUAAAAAGGAGUUCCUUAAUGUGGACGUCGACUGUGUCGCCCUCAAAUGGACGGGCAUCGAUGUGGAUGUCAACAUUGAUGAGCUGCCACUGGUGGCCGAUGAGAUGGACGAGAAGCCCCUAGAUAUACACAAUCUCAGUCUGCUCGGCAGUGUGCUUGACGUGAACGUGGAUAGUGUGGAGGUGCCGCAGCUAACAACUGCCCCAAAACAAUCGCAGACUGAACAUUUACCGCCGCUGCUGGCUCCCGACCCUACCGAAGACGACGACGAGGAUGUCGAGGAGAAACCAACAAUGCACGACGGCAGCGACAGCGCGCGGAACGCUUCCUCAGAUGAUGAUGAUGAUGAUGAUGAUGAUGAUGAUGACGAGGUGCCGCUGGUCAGGCUGCAGCACAAGCUCAAGCCGAAGCGCCAGGCCCGCACCGUUACACGGCGAAACAAGCGAACGCUGACGCUCGCCCAAGAGCUUGAUCAGCUGUUGGAUGACAGCGAGCGAGCGGGCAGCAGAUCGCGACGAAAGAAAACAACAAACAGUGCGCCAACCGAUGUUCAGCGUAGCGAACUGCAAGCGGCACUGGAGCGCAAGCCCAAAGGCUGUUCCCGUGCGCAGCUGACCAAACGCUACGAAGAGGCCAUCGCCAGCUAUAUGAGCGCCGACUGUGAUCUCUGCGACUUUAGUACUAAGUACCUGUCACAGCUGAAGGUGCAUUUCCUGGAAGUGCAUCAGCGCGAUGCGUAUCUCAAGUGCUGCAACAAGGUCUUCAAUCGCGCAUCCAAGCUAAUGGAUCACAUACGCAAACACAUCAAUCCCAGUCUAUUCACCUGCUCCAUUUGCAACAAGUCGCUAAAUUCCCAGGACUAUCUGGCCACCCAUAUUGAGACGGUCCACAACAAGGUUGCCCAGAUUGGCAAGGUGCUCAAGUAUCCCUGUCCCAAGUGCGAGCGCACCUUCAGCAGCGAGCGCCGACUGGGCAAUCAUCUACUUAAGCACGACACGGAUCAGUUGGAGCACCAGUGCCACAUAUGCCACAAGAGCUUUGCGAAUGUGCAUCGACUGCGUCGACAUAUACAGUCCAUACACGAGGAUCUGCAUCCGCAUGUCUGUGAUAUAUGCGGCAAGAAGUUCAAGUUUAAGCCCUCCUUCGAACGGCAUUUGCUGGAGCAUCAGGGCGUUGUGGCGCCGGCCAUGGAGUGCCCCGUAUGCGGUGUCUGGCUAAAGAACGAGCAUAGCCUGCGACUGCAUCGAUUUACACACGACAGCACCGAUACCGUCUGCCCGCACUGCUCGAAAACGUGCAGCUCCCGUACGGCGCUGCGCGCCCACAUUAAAUAUGCCCACAAGUUGACCACAAAUCUGCAGUGCACGUACUGCGAGAAGAGCUUCAAGCAGCAGCGCAAUCUGGAGGAGCACAUGGCCAUACACACCGGCCUGCAGCUAUACAAUUGCCCGCAUUGCCCCAAAGAGUGCCGCAGUCGCUCCAACAUGUACGUCCACAUCAAGCAGCGGCACGCGGACGAAUGGCUGAAGGCGAAAAUGGCCCGAUCCCACAAUCCGCAGUUCAAGCCGCACGCCUAGUAUGGACCUUAGUUAUAUGUUGUUAUAAUA